CGGUCCCCGCCCGCCCGGGGCCUGUGGGCGCGUCCCAGCUGGCCAGUCUGCGAGAGGGGCGCCCGACAGGCUGCAAGAGAGGCAAGGAGCGCGGGUUGGGCAGACGGCUGUGCCCAGGGCAGCAGCAGUCACCGCUCCAGGAUCCCGAUCCUUCCCUACAUCCAGUCUAGCGGUUGUGGCCUGGCCCAGCUGCCAUGGCACACUGCAAGACGGAGCAGGAGGACUGGCUGUUGGCCCACCUGAAGUACCUGCUCUUCAUCUUCAACUUCUUCUUCUGGGUUGGUGGGGCAGCUGUCAUGGCAGUGGGUAUCUGGACACUGGUGGAGAAGAGUGGUUACCUCAGCAUCUUGGCCUCGAGCACAUUUGCUGCCUCUGCCUACAUCCUCAUCUUUGCUGGUGCUCUUGUCAUGACAACCGGCUUCCUGGGCUUCGGGGCCAUCAUCCGGGAGCAGAAGAGCUGUCUCUCCGUGUAUUUCUGCCUGUUGUUGGCCAUCUUCCUCGUGGAGCUGGUGACAGGGGUCCUGGCACAUGUGUACUACCAGAGGCUGAGUGAGGAGCUGAAGCAACACCUGAACAGCACCCUGACUGAACGCUACGGGCAGCCAAGAGCCGCAGAGAUCACAGCCUCGGUGGACCGGCUGCAGCAGGAUUUCAAAUGCUGUGGCAGCAACAGCUCAGCUGACUGGCAGCACAGUACAUACAUCUUGUCCCAGGAUGCCCAGGGGCGCCGGGUACCCGACAGCUGCUGCAAAACCGUGGUGGCGCACUGCGGCCAGCGGGCCCACCCCUCCAACAUCUACAAGGUAGAGGGAGGCUGCAUGGCGAAGCUGGAGCAGUUCCUGGCUGACCACCUGCUGCUCAUGGGCGCAGUGGGCAUUGGGGUGGCCUGUCUUCAGAGUCCUGAACAACUUGACCUGAGUGUGGGAUCAGAUCUGUGGGAUGGUUCUCACCUGCUGCUUACACCGAAGGCUCCAGCAACAUUUUUACUAAAGGAUGCCCCAGUAGCCUGCUGACUGCCCCACACAAGGGCCCACAUCCCCACAUCCUGAACCAGGCCUGCAAAGUCAGCGGUUGGGUCAUGGAUUCCCUGAACCCUAUGCAGAGCCCACCAGCUGCCUGUGGUUGUGGCUCCUGCGCGUCCCGCCGGGGCAGGGACCUCUGCUCACUCCUCCAUUUCCAAGCACUCAUUCACUGCCAGAAUCUUUGGCAGAGGAUGGUUCUGGCAAGAGGCUGCCGGAGCCCUUUGCCAGGCACGAAUCCCUAUGGACUACAGGAGGGCCAGAGCUCAGCUCCCUCUGCACUAUCUCAAUGCCUGAGUCUGGACUAGAAGGAUGGCAGAUGGGUCUUCCCAAGACUCCUGCAGGGCUUGGUGUGUGAUUCCCACUGACAUUGGGUCCCAGUCAGCUCUCCUCAGAGAAAAGCACCACUUUGGGCAGACUGGGUUAGCUCACCCCCUCACAAAACUUAGUUGGUUUUGGAUCUUCCCACCAGUAACUGGCCAUGCCCUUCCUGUAGGGCCUUGGACAGGGGUCAUCUAAAAUGGGGCAGCUAAAGGCCAGGCUGUUGGAGGCACCAGGACAGGGCACUAAAGAGGCAGGUUGUUACAGCAGGGUGUGCAGCACCUGAGAGUCACAUGACGAUCAUGAGCCCCAGCCUCCAGUGGCAUGUCCCCUUCGCAGCAUCGACUCCCAGAAUACCAGGUUUAAGAUGUUAGUGAAUUAAAGCUCUCCCCUAGUGGCCCACACCUCUGGCUGUUAAGUCAGGACUGCCGAGGAGAGGAAGCUAUGGGGAAGGAGGUACUCUGCCUGCACCCCAUUUCCUGGUGCCUUCAUGACCCCAUUUCCCUUCCACUGUGUUCUCUGCUAUUCCAGAGUAACACGGUUCUCUCCUUUUCUCUCUAGUCACUGGAUGAAAUAGAGACUAUUUGGAAAGAACUCCCCACACAUUAAAGUAGACAGAAAGAAAAUCCUAGAAAAAUUAAAAUCAACUACUCCCAUAGGGAGUAUAGACAUAGGGUACAGACCAUAGGGGAUCCCCUCUUCAUUGAUUAUUGCUUGGGCAGCUUUGCACACCAGGACUCCAAACCAGCUUCAGCUCCACUUGGGUCUUGCUCACCUCUCCACAAUGAACAAGUUUGGCAUCUUGUUGACCAAAAGCACUUAGAACUUGCCUUCUAUCUGACCCAGUUCUUACCGCCAUGCACCCAGAUCCUGCUGAGCUGGGUCUGUUGUUGCAGGGAGAUGAGCUCCCAGUCGUACAUGAGGGAACUAAGGGCCACCGGUUGCAGCCCCAGCAUAGGCCUAAAAUUCCAUUCUCAGGGCAGGAAGUAGUUGCAUCAACAGAGGGAACAUCAGGCUCUCAUUGGGUCAGCCUCUUCUACUCUGGGAUUCUCCGGGGGCUACGCAAAGCCCAGGCUGGCUUAUGUCACCUGCCUGAAGGGCCCUGGGUUGCCUGUACAAACUCAGAAGAAGAAAAAAAGAUACUCCCAAAAAUCCUAGACUACAUUAUGGCCAAGAGAAAAUCUUAGCUGCCCUCCACCUUCCCAGAUUCUCGCAGCUAUUCAAAAACUCACUUUAUUCUCCAAGCUUAUAGAUCUAUAAGACUCAGAUAGAGGGGAAUUAAACAAAAGAUGUAGGGUCCAAACCACAUUCCUCCUGAAGAGGCACCGAGGGAAGUAGUAAUAUACAAAGGGAUUCUGUGGCUUCAGCAUCUGCUUUGGUAGCCUCUCUUAGUUCUCAGACAGAUGAGGACAGAGGUGACAAGUGGGGACCAUUGUACAGCUUCAAUGCAGAGGAAGUCAGGAGAGCAUAGCUCAUUGGCCCUGGUUAGAGUGCGGAGUGAGUGGACAGCCCCAAAUGUGACCUCCUUGAUCACAACAGCCUUGGCGACAAGAUGGGGUUAGAGGCCAUGAAACACACAGUAGUAGUAGCCUGGGUUUAGUGCAGAAUCUGUAGUGCGGUGUGUCCGUCAGAUAUACGCUCAGGAUAUUGCUUCCUAUUUAUCCUGAGUUUGUCACUCUGAGUUCCUUAGAGAGAGGGAAGGACCUACCUAUAAAAUGUCAUCCUCAGUCUUGAGUCAGCACAGACAUUGUGGGUCCCACACCAGGCCCUGAACUUGGCACAGCUGAAGCCAUCAUAUCCUCACCCUGAGCGUGAGUCGCCUUUCCCUCAGCUCAAAGUGGCUUCCUCAAACACAGUAUGCCCCCAAGCCCCCCAGAUGGCCAGUGUUUGGGGAACGAGGGUAAACCUUAGUCUAUGAUAAGGAGAUAAGGACUCUAUGUGCAUUUUGUCCCUUGCCCUCCCCAGCACUGUACCCCUCGCCUCCCACGGCACUUCUGGCAUGGCUUUGGGGAUGGUCACCGAGGAUCUGCAUGUCUCCUUCAAUGUCAUCCACAGUGACACCAAUGGAGUGUGCUAUAGCCCCCAUUCUGCAGAUAAAGAAGCUAAGACUCGGUCAAGUUGAACAUCAGUGGUGAUGGCUGUUGUCAGAGCACCAGCCAGGUGGACCCAAAGAAAGUAGAUCUGGGAGCCCCUCCCCCCAGCACUGGCUGUCAGGUUGGCAUUUGAGAAUAGUGUCCUAGGUGGUAUGGUCAAAUAGCGGCAGCCUCAACGCCUCCUCGGUUGGAUGGACCCAUCCAUCGUGUCCCAUGUCUGCAGCUUUUUGCAUUCCCAGGUGAAGUAGACACCUAUCUUGUUUUGCAAUGACAAGGUCCUAUCAGGAAUCUAAGGAGGCCAGAGCUCCUAAGUAUGAUCCAGGCCACACUCAGAGGCGGUGGGGGGGGGGGAUGAGAGCAGGGACUAUCUUUAGUGCUCAGCCUCCAUGUGGAUGGGAACCACACCAUGUGAAGCUCGCUGGCUGGAAUGUGAAAUGUCUCUCUGUGUCCCAUAAGGAGGUCAGGAGAGAACCCCAGAUUGUAUUCAUUCCUAGAGCCGCCCCAGGUAUGGAGAUACCCUGGUUGGUGAUGCUGAACCUCCCCCUCAGGCAGACCCUCUCUCUCUUCUUGCCCCCUCCCCUAUAUUAAACAUUUGUUGUUUCUGGGCUCUGGAGUGGACACAGGGUGACUUCUGUCUUGAGCCCUCUCACUCCUCUCAGGGUCAUAGAGGUUCAUAUCCAAAAGGCUCUGGCUGUCUGGAGGAUGUGCAGCGGGCUAGUGUGAUGAGCCACUGGGAGCUCAGAAUCUGCCACUCUGAACAGCUUCCAGGGUUUGAAGUCAAGGGAAUGAAUGGACCAGUUAGAACCCUACCAGCUUUGAAAAUGCCCUUUGCUUAUUGGCUUUUCAGGGCUGGGGCAAAGAGACAAGAGAAGGGAGGGCAGCCAAAGCUGUUCAGAAGGAACGUAGCCAUCUAUGACUUCCGGGUGGCAGUUAGGCCACCGGUGACCAGUGUGACGUGUCUUACACUUGGUCUCCCCUCGGCACCUCCAGGGAGCCUUCAGAGCAGCAUAUUACCACCCCAUAGUUGCUCUAAGGAAGGCCAGAGCCAACAGUUGGCAUGUCUGCUAAGUUCCCAGGUGGUAAUGCCACGGCCUGGCAACCACACCAACCCACAGUGUGGACCACACGAGGACACCACGGACUGGCUACCACACCAACCCACAGUGUGAACCACACGAGGACACCACGGACUGGCUACCACACCAACCCACAGUGUGGACCACACGAGGACAUGGCUACCUUCCCUCGGAUGUCAGAGCCCUCAAGGGGCAAAAGUCAUUCAGGUCAUCUGACCUGAGUCACACAUGGAGCUGCUUGAGACUGUUCCCACUAGGUCCACAGGGAGGGUGAAAUGACACCAACCACUGAGUGGUUUCCAACCAGCAAAGCACAUGCCUCUCGAGAGAGCCUGCUUGGCACUCCUGCCCCUUCUGUGACCAGAUGUCUGGGCCUUCUUCCUGGAAUGGGGGCCCUUAUGCUCCGAGAUCCCAGCUUCUUCUAUGUGCCAUGGGGUGGCCCUGCUGUGCCCCUGUCACUCUAACACGUCUAGCCAGAAAUCAAGGCUCCCUCAUCCUUCCCCUCCUGCUUAUACGCCUGUGAAACCUGCUCCUUCCCUACGCCAGUACUGAUGGAAAUUCCAGGGACCCCAUUGUCAGGAGGCCAGAUGGGCUCCUGGAUCGAGCUGGCCCAUGGAUGUAAGACAUCAGAUAUCCUACAAAGGCAGAAACUGCCUUAAGCUACUGACUGCUUACAGCGAAACUCCAGAUGUGAGAUGCACCUCUCCACUGACCUCACCGUAAGCUCCGUGCCUUGUGCUGACGGACUCGAUAAUAAAGAGUGCCUUCUGCUGACUUGGUGUUGCAAGGAGACCCCGGGUCCUCUGUUCACCAACUGCAUUGCACUCCCACGGGAGCUUCUGUGUUGGCCAUGGCUUCCCUCCAGUGCCUGCUGACCACAGCCAUCAGAAGUCUGCUGCCCCCUCAUUCAUCAUCCCAUGGCUUACUUGUCUGGAAGGAUCUCUUCUGCUCAUGAAUGUCAUUAAUCUGGCCCUUUGGGCCGCAGGGCUGAGCUGAAACAAGUGGGGUUUGCUUACAGCUUCCUGUCCCCAGCCAGUGAGUAUGUUCAUAUAUCCCUGCCACCUGCCACCUGCCUCCACCAUGACUGCCACCGAAUCCGCCUCCUCCUGUGGUAGUACUUCAGAGGCCGAGGCAGGAGGAUUACUCAAAGUUUGAGGCCUGGCUGGGUUACUUAGUGAUUUCCAAGCCACCCUGAGCUAGUAUAGCAGUCUGCUUUAAAAAAAAAAUUCAGGAUAUAUGAGACAACUCCACACAUAAAAGCUCUCAUUGCAUACACAUGACAACCUGAGCUGGAUCCUCAGUUGUGAAAGGAGAGAACCUAACACCCAAAUGUACCUCCUGAUUUCCACAUACACACCAUGGACCAUGGAUUCUCUCUCUCUCUCUCUCUCUCUCUCUCUCUCUCUCUCUCUCUCUCACACACACACACACACACACACGGCCGAGGUUGGAUAAAACAGCCAGUUGUGGUGGUGCACACUUUUAAUCCCAGCACUCAGGAGGCAGAGGCAGAUGGAUCUCUCUGGGUUUGUAUCCAGACUGGUCAACAAUAGUGAGCUUCAGGCAAGCCAGGGAUAAAUAAUAAGACCCACCCUAUCUUCCAAAAUGAAAGUAAUAAAAUAAAAAAUAAUAAAAACAAAACGGGAGCUGGUGAGAUGUCUCGGAGGGUAGGGGCACAUGCCACCAAGCCGAAGUGAGAAGUGACUUGCUUUUCUUUCUGCUCUCACAUAUUACACGCUGGCUGCAGCUUCCCCUCCCUCUACUUCUCCUAGCUCUCCUCACCUCCCCUCGCCCCGCCCCCAGGCCCGCUGCCCCCACCCCCACAUCAACCAAAUACAGCAUAAGAUGCAAUUAGGCCAGACACAAACGCUCACAUCCAGGCUGGAUGUGGCAAUCCAGUAGGAGGAAAAGGGUCCCAAGAGCAGACAGAGAGCCAGAGACAACCCCACUCCCACUGUCAGGAGCCCCCCCCCAAACACCAAGCCAACAACCGUAACAUAUAUGCAGAGGACCUAGCUC